AUGGCCCCAGAGCCCGGCCCCACAGCAAAGGCAGAAUCGGACCUGGGACCAGGCCCAGGCCGGGGGCCCCAGACGCCCCCCCCCUCUUUAAUGGGGGGGCCCGGGACCCCUGCCCAGCACCGGGCCUGGGAGGCAGGGCCCACCCCCCUCACUGGCCGAGGCCCCGCCUGCCUUGCCCCCGCAUCCCCACCGGGCCCCUCCGGCCCCAGCAACCCCCGAGGGGGGGAUUGCCCACGGCCCCAGAGACGCCAAGUGGCCCCGGCAAGCCUCGAACCCAGAGCUCUCGCUUUCCAGAGCCCCCUGAAGCUUCCUGGGGUGAAGAGCGGGGCGCAGGGAGGCAGCGGGGGAGGGGCAGGGACGGGGGCGCCCCCUCCCCCCGCUCUGGCCCAGAUGGUGCCCGACCUCCCCGGUCACCGGCCGGUCACGGAAGCCUGUCGUCCCUCCCGCCGGGGCUGCCGGGGCUUUUCGAUCGAGGGCCUACUGUGUGGCGGCACCGAGGGCAGGGGAGACCCCACAGGCCCCAAACCAGGACCUGCCGUCGGGAGGCAAAGCGGGGGGGCCUUGAGAGGGAAAGGACUCUCACCUGCGGGCAGGGGCUGCAGGGGGCAGAGAGGGAGUAGCCGUUGCCGCAGCCCCCGGGAGGGGGUGGGGAGGAAGCCCGCCCCAGGGGGUGGCCAACAGACGGACACAGAUGUCGUGGGGGACCCGCUGGAUACAGCCCUGGCCGCAGACCCCUCGGAGGCCUCCUCGGCCUGGGAAAGGCCCGGCCCCAAGCGGGCUCGGCAAAGGCUUCUGAAGGAAGAUGUGGGGGGGUCCCGCUCGGUCCCGGGGGCACAGGGGGGCGGGCGGCCGGGCAUCCAGGAAGCCGGCCGCUCGCCGCCCCUCCCCCCGGGGGCCGCCCGGGCUGGUCCCGAAGUGCCGGGACCUGAGCCUGGCCUGCCUCGAGGCCUCCGGCGGGACCCGGCAGGGGAGCAGCCCCCUCUGCCACCUCCGCCGGCUUCCUGGCCAGAAGGACCCGAACCUUCAGGGAUGUCCCGGCUUCGGGAGCCAGUGAACUCGGGGCCCCCCAGCCAGGAACACCUCUAUUCCCUGCCCCUCCAGCCCAACAAGGUUGUGGCCACAGCUGGUGGGCUCCCAGCUGAGGAAGGGCCUCAGCUCCUAGCGGUGGAGGGUUCCAGGUACGAGCUGGUCUUGUCCCCAGUCUCGUGGAGCCGAAAGCCUUCUGACGGGAGACUGGGGGAGUCUAGAAUCCAGGCUUUUGGCUAG